CUGAACUUGAACCCCCAUACUUCAGUGCAACGAAUCCCAUGGCAGCAUUGUAUCAGAUAGCUUCCAACGAUGCACCAUGUCUAGUGGGUGGAAAUUGGAGCGAUGAGUUCCGUGACUUCGUGCGUUGUGUUCUUCAGAAGGACCCCGCUAACCGUCCGUUUUGUGAACAAGCACUUGCCCACGUCUUCUGCACAAGUGUCACUCGGUCGUUGUACAUCCUGGCUGAACUGAUUCAGCGUACCAAAGUGGCAGUGGCCGCACAGGAAAAUCAGCUUAGCCAGAAAUGGCGAAAAAUAUUGUAUGAAAGCGACCUGAACCGGUUUUCGGAAUCUGUACUAGUCACCGGUUGCGACAGUAACGUGCACAACGGAGUUGAUGGUCCUUACAUGGGUGAUCGUCCGAUGCCGGAUAUGAACACCGCGUCGGAAUUAGAUCCGAAGCAGAAGGCUCUUGCAGCUGAGAAAGCACAAGAAGCCCUUUCAACCUAUCUACAGCCUGUAGAUAGCAAUCGCGUGGGUGAUUACAGCAAACGUACAAAUACAAAGCGCACGACGCAGAACCCGUCACACAUACACGAUGUCAACAACCACAGGAGUAGCGGGUCGACAGUAGACGAUUUGGAUUUUUACACCGGAGAUAGCUGUUCCAACAGUGUUGAAAGCGUUGGUAGUGACCUUUCGGACAGUUUGCUUAAUCAGUCACGACAGAAGACAAUGCUUCUCGAUGCCAAGUCCUCUACUCCUGGACCGGACGCGGUGGAUCCGAGAAAGUCACUGGUCGUUUCUCAUGCGACUUGCACCAUUACUUCAAAUCCACACAUUCGAGUGAUUGAUCCAAACAGCGGUCGCAGUGGUUCUUGUGAUUUCAACGAUUUGCACUAUCCAUCCACACCGAAUCGGCCAGCUCGAACUCGCUUCAGUGCCACACACACUCCACCUAUGUCGGCCGAUUUACAACGUUCUCCCAUCCCGCCUCAAUUCGCGUCGUCUGAUGCACACCUGUACGCAAACGUGGAGAUUUCAAGUACUGACGAUUUCACUGGAAGCGAUCCUCACGUGUACCACGCGAUUGACGUUGCCUAUGAUUUCCAACAAGCCGUCACAGACAGCAACGCAAACUCGUCUUCUGAACCAGUUCCCGGUGUGGCUGAUUCCGGUCCAAGUUCAGCUGAACUCGUGUCCUCUACCACAGGCCAGUUUGCCACUCUGAAGACGAGCCAAAUGAUGCGUGGGGUCGCUUUCAGCAUUGAUUCCUCCGGCCGUCCCUCCAUCGGAUCCCCCACCACUGCGUCCGCCGCUACUUUGGGUUUCCCACAUUUGGCUGAGGGCCGCGCUUCAGCGUUCUGGAGGGAUCAGAUGAGUGAGCUAAAACGAUUACGCACACAACACAACAAACAUUUGAAGCAACUGCUGGACAAAAACAAUGCUGAAGAGGAACAGCUGAAAUCCAGAUUGAAUCGGGAGUAUGAGGCAACCAAAGUUGCGAUGAAGAAGGAGUUUCAACGCUUAGAAGAAGCACAUGCUGCUGAAAUGGAACGGGAACGAAAGCGUGCUUUUGCUGUGGAAGCCAAGUUGGCUAAUCAGCUGGAUAACGAGACGAAGCUGCAACUGAAAUCCGCCAGGAAGUCAAGAACUCGACCGGUUAGCGCUCAUGACCCGCCGGAUGCAGCAUGUGGCAAGGAACAGGAUCCCGUGGAAGCCACACGACGAAUGCGUCAAAAUUUGACCAAUCUAGAAUUACGCAAAGCCAAACGGAUCUCCUUAGUUCAACUCCAGAAUCUAGAGAGUGAGCACAUUCGGCAGUACAUCCGUCUGGAACAAAAGGCUGGUGAGGAGAUGACCGCAUUGUUAUUGGAGCAACAUCUGAAAUUAGAAGAGCUGGAAUCGGCUCAACAGAAGCGCGUGCACACCUUACGUUUGUCUCAGUUACAAAAGCAACAUGAGGCUGAGAUGAACAACCACAACCAGUACAUUGAACGUGCAAAAGUGAAGCUCCAAAACAAACACAUAUUGGAACAAAAGAAUCUACCGAAAGACCUUAAGCAAAGAGAGCUACAGAUCUACAAACAAUUCCGUGAUGCGGCUCGCAUUCAAAAGAAACAAUUCAAAUUACUUCGUGAUGAACGAAUUAAAGCCUUUCGACGGACGAUGGAACUUAGUUCAGCGGGAACAGUAUCUCUUGGUUCUACUGACUCUGGAGUAAAUGCAUCAGGGUCAUCUGCGAAUUCCUAUGCGGACCGUACGGAAGACCAAGAGCGCCCCGUAUCCUUGUUUGCUCCCGCGCAAGAUGAACGCCAAAUUUUGGAGAGCUUGAAGCAGGAGGAGAAGCGGAAGCAAACCGAUCUAGAAGCUCAAUACAAAAAAACGAUAAGCGAUUUGUACAAGAGACAAAAUGACAAAGUCGACUCCACCCAGACUCGCGAGUUGGAAGAAUUGGAGAGGCAUCGUAAGGAUGGCAUCGCUCAACUGCAGAACUAUCAAGAAAAUCAGCGCCGCGAGAUGGUAAAACAGCAGCAAAAAGAAGUAGAGGAUUUGCGGAAUCGCAUCGAGUCCCGAAAGGACUCGCUUGAGGCUGCUGUGAAAAAGAAUAUUGAGUCAACGAAAGAGGAGGCACGUAAGAAGAUGCGUCGUUUAAUGGAGCAGCAUGCCCAGGCCCUGCGGGCGUUUGAUGCUCAAACAGCCAGCCUCGGAAUCGACAAUGCUGCGGUCAUCGGGGUCUCCGGCCGCACACUUGGACCCAGUGGUGGAAGCUCCCCGGGAACCAGCAGCGGAUCCUUUUUUAGUAACAACAGUAGCGGAGCGCAACACCCGGCCGAUUGGCGCCACAGUCGGACGGAGUUUUUGCCCUCGUAAUGUGCAACCAAUCCUUGAGUACAGCGAAGAAAAACGGCCUCGCUUAGAUGAUUCCACAGCACAUGCUCCGUCGGAUACCCGAACACACUGUUGUGUCUGUUUCGACAAAUGGCCACGAAGCAAUCCUCUCAUACACGCUGUCCUUCUACAGUGCACAUGCUUCGUGGUUUUCCGGCGCGCAGACUAUGCGCUUCUGUGGUGCAUAUUUUUUUAUCGAAUUUCACGUGACCCAUUUGUUUGCAUCCUCUUUCGAAAUGCCCCCCAACAACCCUUCGGUUUCUGUAAAUUGAUAGCACUCAGAAACUACGACUUAGACAAUUUUCUUGCCCCAAGGCACUCGACUCGCGUUGUGUACAGCCCAUUGGCAACUGUAUACUCUUUGGCUCAUUUGUGAGCGUGGAUAUUUCGCGAUCUUAGCUAUUAAGACGUCAGAUUGUGCUUCAUCGGCGCAUGCGUGCCAACGGAUUUUGUGAUUUGAAACUGAUGGUUUUCCUUAUGUGUCUCCCUCGCUAACUUUUCACAACCCUACAUUUGUUUUUCUUGAAUACCUUUAUCUUUCCCAACUCGAAAUACAGUACAAAAUAUUGUUCUUC